GAAGACUUGAGCAUUCACACUCGAUGGAAAAGACUAGUCUUUCCCUUGCAAUACGCUUCCCUUAGUACUAUCCAUCCUCACUCACAAUUCAUUGCCUAGUAAUCGAAAAUCAUGCUUAGUGAAACCUUCCUCCUUGAAUGUUUAUCUGUCCUGAUCCUACUACAAUUACUUCAAAUAUCCUGCGCAAACCGUAAUCCCCAAUGCAACCCUUCUGCCUGUGGCAGGAUUCAUAACAUCAGCUAUCCUUUCCGAUUAAAAGGGGAUCCAAAAAGAUGUGGUGAUUCCAGUUAUGAACUAGUUUGUGAAAACAAUACAGCCUCACUUUAUCUAAAUUCCCACAGGUACCAUGUGAAAUCCAUCAAUUACCAUAAUUUCACUAUUCAUCUGGUUGAUGCUGCCUUAAAAAAUGAUACUUGCUCUUUUCCUCAGUAUUCUAUGUUUCGAUACAACCUCUCUAAAAAUUAUCCUUAUAGCAUUUACGCCUACAACUCAACCUAUCGAUCCUUGAAUAAAUUAAACUCGCCAAUUACUUUUAUGAGCUGCCCAUAUCCCGUAAAUUCUUCUUUCUUUUUGGAAACUGCUCAUUGUGGCAACAGGGUCUUUGAUUCAAAUGAUUCCACCAGAAGAUACACGUAUGUUAACGUUGGCAAUUUGAAUGCGUCAGAUGUAAGGGAUAUGUGCAGUAUAGAUCUCAUAGUGAUGACAUCGUGGCCAUUUAAGGAUGUCAAUCAUCUUUCACUUUCAGACAUCCAUAGCUCUCUGCUAUAUGGAUUUGAGCUUUCAUGGUUCACUGCGACGAUUAGCCGUUGCAAAAAGGAAAAAGAUUGCAACAUUUGUUCUUUUACGAGGGGGUCUGCACACUUCUGCUCCGGUUUCUCGAUUAACUACAUGAUUUAUGUGAUUUAUGGGUUUUCCAAAUUACUCCCGCUGAUCACGGCAAUCAACCUUUUACUAAGGAUCUUAAUUGCAAUUCCAUUCGUGCUCGUGUUACUUGUCUAUAAACUGAGAAGAAGACACAUAUCAAUGUUUAAAGCAAUAGAAGACUUUCUACGCAGUCAGAAUAACCUGAUGCCCAUCAGUUACUCGUAUUCAGAAAUAAAGAAAAUGACCAAAAGUUUUCGGGAAAAAAUAGGUGAAGGAGGCUAUGGUUCAGUUUACAAAGGAAAGCUUCGAAGUGGAAGGGAUGUAGCAGUGAAAAUACUGGGCAAAAAUAAAUCAAAUGGACAAGAUUUUAUCAAUGAAGUUACCACUACCGGAAGAAUUCAUCACGUCAAUAUAGUUCGACUUGUUGGUUAUUGUGCAGAUAUGUCCAAGUGUGCUCUUUUAUAUGACUUCAUGCCUAAUGGUUCACUUGAGAAGUACAUCUCUUGUCAGCAAGGUGGGACUCAUUCAUUAACUUGGGAGAAAAAGCAUGCGAUUACACUUGGAGUUGCUCGAGGGAUUGAGUAUUUGCAUCGAGGUUGUGACAUGCGAAUUCUGCAUUUCGAUAUCAAGCCACACAACAUACUUCUCGAUGAUAACUUCACUCCUAAAAUUUCUGAUUUCGGGCUAGCCAGAUCUUACCCGACUGGAAAUAGUAUUGUGACUAUUACUGCUGCACGAGGUACAAUUGGUUAUGUAGCUCCUGAAUUGAUCAACAGAGGCAUUGGGGCUGUCUCGCACAAGGCAGAUGUUUAUAGCUUCGGAAUGUUGUUGAUGGAAAUGUUAGGUCUAACGAGAGACUUGAUACAAAAUACGGAACUUUCUAGCCAAUACUUUCCCGAUUGGAUAUAUGAUCGUUUCAACGAGGGUAAGGAUCUUGAAAUUGGAGAUGCUGAUGAAUCAGGCUGUGAAGAAAUGAAGAUUACUAGAAAGAUGACAAUAGUUGCAUUAUGGUGCAUACAGAUGAAUCCGUUGGAUCGUCCUUCAAUGAGUAAAGUAAUGGAAAUGCUUGAAAGUGAAGUUGAGACUCUGCAAAUUCCUCCUCAGCCUUGCCAGCCACCCAUACAGGUUGCGCCACCUGAGGACCAAAUGUGGGGAUCAGAUUCAACCGACUCCAUAGCCUUAUUAUGCAAUGCUUCCAGUUUAGUGAAUUAAGCCGUUGAGCAAUAAAUCAUUACCCAGCAAUACUCAAAUUGAUACAAUGUCCCUUUUUCUCUUCGUCUAGUUUCUUGCUUUAUGGUCAUGCAAUUCAUUGCUGCUUAGAUAAAAACAUCGGUAUAUUAUGUUGUGUUGUGUUUUUUGGUAUUGUGUAAUGUAUAAUUUAGGUAAUAUUAAGGAAGAAACGAAAGUUGAAUUCUCGUC